GAAUAAAAUGGCGAACGUUCCAGGUUGUUGUUGUGUGGGAGAACGUCAACAAAAAUCAAGCUUGAGACAGUGAGAAAAAUUCUAGAACUCAGCUGAAAAAUGCCGAGUGAAGACGGGUCUGAUACUGAAGAACAACAGGGAGCAACUUGGGAGCACCAGUCUUUAGCACAGGUAGAAUAUCAAUAACAAAACCAUGCAUGUUGGGGAUGAAACUUUUGACAGCUCUGACGAACGACUGGGGUAGAAAAAUAUUCAGCCAGGGCAACGAUUGUUUGGCGAAACAAACUGUCAAGAUGUCCGCAGCAUCUUAAGAAUUAAAAGCAUUAGGUUAAUGCUAUUUAUAAGUUUACCAAAACUUGUUGGCUUUGUGAAACCUCAGUCACGCUGUCCGCAAUCAGUUGUUAUAGCUACAAUAAGCCACUUGCACUAAGAGGUCACGUGACCAAUGCUUCCUUAAACAAUGAGCUGGAAUCUUGCUGAUGCCAAAAAUUGAUAGAGCACAUAAAAAUUCUCUUACACCCAAAAUUUGGGAGGGAACACAUUUAAGGGAGAUAUUUUAUGGCACUUUGAUUUUUCAACAAAGUAGCAUGAUUUGUAUUGGCCUCCAUGUUGGAAGGCAUACUCUUGCCCUCCAACACGGUGGCAAAAACUGCUUUUUGCUUAUAUCUUGUUAAACAUUUUAUAGUUACACUCAGAUGUGAUGUAAACGUUACCACAUCAUCUUUUCAACAGUUUCCUUGGAGUUUAAGUGCAAAAUUUGUGUUCAGAAAGACAUAAUUCAUAAUUUUAAAAAUCACAUUUUGGUCAUGUGACCAGCUACGAACUUACUCAUUUUAAGAAAACAGUGCCGGUUUGAAAAACCAAAUCACUAUUAUUUUGUUUAAGGUAUGACCCACUAAUUGUUUUUCGAUGGCGAAAUCAUAUAACUUUCUUUUUCAUAAAAACGAUGUCACAUGACGUCUUAGUGCAAAUGGCCUAUCAAUACGUCAAUAGUGGAGCAGUAAAUUACCUAAAAUCUCUCAACCAAUAUUAAAAUCGACUUUUUUGAUCUUUAAUUUUGAAAAUGGUUUAUUUUUCGUCAAAUUACGCCUCUGUAGGUAAAGAUAAGAGUCUUAAGAGGACAUAAAGAUGCAGUCAACAGCUGUUCGUUUACCUUCGGUGAUUCCAAGAUUGUUACUGCUUCACAUGACAAGACCUUACGACUUUGGGUAAGUUAAAGAUUUCUCAACAAACAAAAGGGUUCAAUUUCUAUUAAAUGUGUGGGAAAAGUGGGUAGCACUAUAUCCACCAGAUAAUGCUAUAUAUCCAGAGUAGAAGUAUUUGGAAAAGCAGUUAUAGUAAUGUUGCAUUAUCCCACGGUUAGUGAUUUAUCUGGUGUUUAGCCUCAUCCACCUUUUGAAGGCCAAAACUUUGCUCAUGCUAAUGAUCCUGCUGGCUAUGCAGGCUAUUACUUAUCCUUUAUUUCUUUAGCAUAUUAAUUUUGUUGGUCAUUCAUGGACAUUUAAACUGCAACGUUUCAUUUUGUCUCUUUCAACAAUAUUAUCUUGUUAGGAUGCAACUUCUGGAGCACAUCUUAAGGUGUACAAGGGCCAUACCUCCUUUGUGACCUGCUGUCAUGCAGAUGCUAAUAGUGCAAGGUAUCAGAUAAUUAACAAUUUAUUAUUAAAUGAGGCUGAGUUAGAUUUGAAGUAUUAUGGAGCUCGAGGAGAGUGUUAACACCCUUUGAGAGCAUCACAUUCAUGCCCAAUAACCCAUGUUUUUAUUAUUUUAUAUUCUAAUAUUGGUACCAUUUUAAUGAAUUUGGAGAAAUGAGAGUAGGACUUGGGAAUUGAGAAGCCAAUUUCAUUAAAGAAGAAAAACAAACAUAUGUGCAGCCACUUUCUAACCACUUUCUAAAAUGAGAUCUUACUCUCUAUUAACUUCUUCAUCUUGCUAGGAUUGCCUCAGGUGGAUGGGAUAAAAGACUUUUAGUAUGGGACAUUCAAACUGGAACUAUUCUGGUAAGGCUUCAGAUAGCCCUAGUUCUACUCAAAGCAGUGGCCAAAACAGUUUUUGAAAAUCAAGAAAAUCUACCUUUCAGUUUGUCAUGUCUCAUUGGGUCUGAGUCCGUAACUGCGGCUUCAUACCCCCAUCAUGACCUUCUGCAAACUUGUCAGACUUUGUGUUGAGUAUCAGGGUGGUUUUGAAGUGACCAGCUCCUGUUGAUUAAGGUUAAUGUAUAUUUAAGCCAAAAUCAUGGCUGAAAGCAUUAAAAUCACAGCUGGUAUUUUACAAAAUAUUAAUUAUUUUAAAAUGUUAUUUUGUAGUAGGGAACUGUAUUUAACUUAUUGAAAGAAAAGACUCAACUAAAGACAGCAACCAAGCACAAAGUUUCUUGGUCUUCCCAAUUUAAUAAAAUAUAGCUGAUAAUCUCAAUGAUAUAAUUUCGUCUCCUUUAUUAAAUUUAGACUAAUGUUAUAAUUCUCUUUGUGGAUUGUCUUUAGUGGGAGGCCCUGAAUGAAGGUAUUGUAACAUCCUGCAACUUUUCGCACGAUGGUCGCUACCUUAUCAACAGCAGUGAUCUGGAUUUUGCUGUCAGUGUAUGGGACGUCAGAGAAGGAGCCCUCAUAAAAAAGCUAUUCAGUAAGUGGCAUACAACUGAGUUGUCCUAAAUGUCUAUAGAGUAAAGACGUGUGAUGUUACAAAAAGUCAGAUUUGUGUAAUUAUGGGAUUGGUUGGUGUAAAUUCAGAAAGAACUAGGUGAAAAAAGCCCCUUGCCAAAAUAAUUUUUUAAGACUUUUGAACAGUAAGUUGCGUGUAGAUCACUCAUGAAUCAAACCUUUUUAGCAAGACUUUCAAGUGGUACUGUUUGUCUUCUAGUAUCAAUUUACAAAAUAAUUUUUAGGAUUUUUUAUUUACAGGUCAAUAUAUGUUUUUUGGUACACUCAGGAUUGAAAAAGUUAUUUUCUGUCAUCUUCUUAGGACUGAGGAUAGUCAUUUCCAUCACAUUUACAAAACUUUUAGUUUUGUUUCUGGAGACUGGAGAUGUACAGUGUAGAUUUAAUAAUUAUUCAAAUCAAAUGUUGUCGUUAUAUAUACUGGUACUUCUCUUUUAACUUAAUAGAUCAUAAAAGUACAGUUACUUGCUGCCGAUUUGCUCCAACACAAACCCGAAUUUGUACAACUUCUAUGGACAGAACAACGAAGAUUACAGACAUGCAAACUUUUACAGACGAUUAUAAUGUUACUCUCACUUUGGGGUAAGGUUAGGGCAUUUAAUGAAUUAUUGUCUGAAGCAUGGAUCUCGAGUUCAAUUUCCAGGUGUGACCACAAAUCCUUCUUUCAACUUCUUUCCUUUCCAUGAGGAUUUAAGAAGCUUUAAAUACCUGUGAAACAGAGCAUUGAUGGAGAGGGGGAGUGGGGGGUGGUAAAGUGAGUGCACCAUCGGCCUCAGGUUUGUCAGUCAGAUGACUAUUUCAAGUUACCCCCAUAAAAUAAGGACUCUUUACCUUUUCUUCAUGGUUGUGCAAUCUCAACUGACAUUAUAAUGGUCUAAUGCCACUAUGUAAUGAUUAGAAUUGUCUCAAUAGACAAGAAACAUUGCCUGCAUUCACCCAGGUCUAUAGAUUUUUCUUAAACACGAAAACAAAUGUAUGCUUCACAUAAAAAGGUUAUCAAUGUUUUUUCUUUAAUUAUCAUGAUGCUGAGUCACUUCAAAGUGAACCUAUAGUCUAAAAGUUACUGCUGUACCAGGCUAAAUCACUGCUAGAGCUUUGCCACCUUUUAUCUUGUGUGUUGCAUUAUUUUAUCAUACCAUCCAUGGAUGUUAUUUUAUUGACCGUUUGAUCUGCUCCAUGAAUGUUGGUUUGAUUGUCUUCAGGGGUCACAUCAAUGUCAUCUCCAGCUGUUGUUUUAGUAAAGACGAGCACUUCUUGGCCACAGGAUCAUGGGACAAGAACAUUCAAAUAUGGGACAUUGCCACUGGUGUCUAUAGGUACAGCAGUUUUCUGAUGUCAAAGAAAAUUAUGCUAAAAUUUGGUGAUAGCUUGGAACUUACAGAGGCCCACAGCAGUAAGAGCCAAUGAAGUCAAUUUUAGCUGGUGAUAAGUACAGUAAAUGAGAGCUGAAACCCUACCUAUUUUGAGACUUCUUCACCGUUCAAUAUAUUAUUUUGUUGCACUUCUGAGCUGAGCCCUGUGUUGAUGUGCAUUUUCAGUCCAUAACGGCUUAGCUUAAAAGGGGGGUGGGAGAGUUUACCCCCCUGACUUCUGAAGUGUACUCCCCCCUGACUCCCCAGGUGAAAAUGCGACUAGAAAGAGUUUGCUUGUAUAGUCACCACAGUGGGGGUACUCUGGAUUUCGAGAGACAGGGAUGAUCGAAGGAUUUUUUUGAGUUUGAAAUUUUUGAUUCCAGGAUUUAAUUGGGUAGGAAAUAUCAGUGGUAUUUCUUUUCGUGCUUUUAACGCCUUUUGGGAAUUUUUAAGGCUUGAAAAUUUGACACUUUGGGGGUUGUUGGAAGUCCUGGAAAUUUUUGGGGUUUUGAUUUUUGCCCUCAUUAGAUCAUCCCCGUCUCUUGAAAUCCCGAGUCCCCCCCUGGGAUAGUCACAUUGUAGGAUUUUGUUCAGAGUCAUAGUUAGAGAUGUAUUGUACGGCAAACAGCUUCACAGGAAAGUAUUGUUCAUUCAGUAGUUUUCAUUUUGAAUUCAGACUUAAAAACUUUGGACCAUGCUUUAUGUCUCCCAGUUUGACUUUUAAUCCUCCCCUCUUGCUUUCCAAUUAAAAGAGGGGUGUGAGAUCACACAUAUCCAUCAUGUACACUGUAUUGACAGUGUUUGUACUCUUUUAAGCUCUUCAAAUUCCAUGACUAUUUCCAUGACUUUUUCAAGUUUUUCAUGACCUUAGGUUAAGCUGUCGCUUUCAAAACUUUCCUUGUUUUAGCGUUUUUUUUCCCUAAAGCAGUUCAACAGACACAAACUCUGGCAUCCACCGAAAUGUCUGCCAACGUUGUCCUUGGUUUGUCGUCUGCAGUAACUUAUGUAUCAAACAAAUCUUUAAUUUUCCAUGACUUUCCAGGACCAACAAUUAAAUUCCAUGACUUUCCAGGCCUGUAAAAUGAAAUUCUUUAAUUCCAUGACUUUCCAGGUUUUCCAUGACCUGUACAAACCCUGAUUGAUGAUUUCUUUCACAGAACUCAGGGGCCAGUUACCUUUUCCAAAGGACAUGAAGGCUCUGUCAGUGCAUGCAGCUUUAGUGAAGAUGGUAAGGAUAUCAAUAAAUAAUCCACUCUCCCAAGUUUUAUUUAGGCUCAGUGUAUGUGGAAUCCAGCCCUUUGAAAAUGAGUUGAUGUAGACCUCAGUUUUAUCUUACCCAUUUUUAGUGUAUUAUUAUAAUAAUGUACAGGGACUUUAUUUUGUUUUAUUAAGCAAGGCUAGUUUAUUUAGAGCCUUGCAUAACUAGUUUAUGAUUAUGUCUGUUUGAUAGGUACUAUGUUAGUGUCUUCAUCAUAUGAUGAAACGCUGGUCAUCUGGGAUGUUGAGAACUGCUGUCAGAAGUUUGCUCUGAAGGUAAAAAAACCUUGUUUUUAUAUAGUCAGCUCUUGCCUUGCAGGCUAAAAAUAAGCCUGUCACUAUAAAUAUCACUAGUUGGAACCCCAGCCAUACCAGACACUCUGCAUCCUGAAACAUGUAUAUAUAUCUGAGGCCCAUGUAGGCUUUUAAAAAUUAUUGAAAGCCAUUAUUAAAGUAUGUCCUGAAUGUUAUAAUAAAUUACGUUGUAUAACAUUCAUGACAUUUUAGUAUUAUAUUAUCUUUGAGGGCGAGUGAUUCAUCUCUUCUUGAGUUGUUUUAUAUACAGUUCUUGUAAAAUCAAGUACUAGCAAAAAAAGAUUACUGGAAGUUACUCUUAUUGUUUCUUUCUAUUAUGGCUCCAGAAAGUUUGCUGGCAUAGUAUAGCAGUGUUCUUUGUAUUUGAUGUCAGUACUUACAUACAUUGUAGUCACACCUCUCUCUCUUUCUUAUGUUGUCAAUUUAAUUUUAAAAAAACUUUUUUGAAUUUCUGCCUUACCAGUAAAUGGUGAUAAUCAGUUGACGUGGUACAGUCUAUAUGUUGCCUUUAUUUCCAGGGUCACACAGGAUGGGUAAAUGACUGUAGUUUUAGCAGUGACCAGAAGUGGAUAAUCUCCUGCUCAAAAGUUAGUUCUUUUUUCAGGGUGCAAAGAAAGUCAGUUUUACAGCCUGCCACUUGGGCAAGCUGUAGCUAGCAUGUACUAGCCCACAAGUCAUUUCAACUAGCCCCAAAGCCCUUUUUGAUUAGCAGGAUUGAUUACAAUCCUUCUGUAAUUUGAAUUUCCCCAAAAAACAGCACUAGCCCGAUAGCAAAAUCCACUAGCCCCGGGCUAUCGGACACGACUUUCUUUACACACUGUUUUUUAAUUUGUUAUGUAGGUCAUGAAAAUGACAGUCAAUAGCAGAUUUGGACCUAGCCUGUCUGAUAUUAAAAAUUAAUUAUUUUCUCUGCUGUAAGGAUAAUCUUUCUAUUUCGUUCACCAAGGUAACUGAAAAAAAUAGAUUAACUUGUUAGAUUUUUAAUGUGUUUGGAAAAAUCUUGUGUUUCCACUUUUCAAGUAUUGACGUAAAAAACAAGCUUAUAAUAAUAGAAUUUUAUUAAAAAAUAAUUUAGUUUGUAAACUUCAAAGGUUAGUUUCUCAAACAUUGAAUUUAAGCUAAAAUCAUCAAGGGUGACACUAUUCAAAAUACAACAGCCACUGCAAUAAAAUUAAUGUCAGUGUUAAACAUGAAGCUUUUAGAAUUGCUCAGGUUAAGUUGAUGUUUUCUUUCAUAUACUGUAGGACAAAACCGUACGGAUGUGGAAUAUAGAAUCAAGUGAUGAUAUACCGGUGGUCUUAGAACACAGAAAAAACAUAGGGCUCAGAAUUGUUCAGGUUUGUAUCAAAUAUUUGUUAAAUUGAGCUAUUUACAAGGCUCUAUUUUUAGCCUUGUAAAUAGUUCACUAUAGAAACCUAGGCGAAUUUUAUGGACAUUUGUUCAAUUUCAAAAGUAGGUUGAGUUUGAUCGUCCAGGUGAACAUAGUCCUGAAUAGGACUGUUGUUGUUGACUGUGAAUGAUGUAUUGACAACCUGUGCGGUAGUCAUCUUCAGAGUCAAAGUGAGUUGUAUCACAUCAGUUGAUGGUAUUGUACUCUGGUUAUUGACCUGAUGGUCAAUUACAUCGCGAUGUCAAUGACUCUGGGUUCAAACCUUUCACAUCAAUAAUUGUUACUUAAGUUAUUGAAUAUCGUAAAGCCAUGCGGGCGUGGCCAUUGUGAACUUUGUUUUAGACUAAGGCAUUGUCCAUAAUUCUUUUAUGCACUUAUAAAGUUCAUCUGGUAUAAAGGCAAACAAAAGCAGAUGUGUUGAAACAUGCUUUCUGUUGUCGGGGCUGUCACUAAGAUUUCAAGUUGCCAAGUAAAUGCAAUAAGUAGGCUGGGCUUGAAGGUUGGUUUGGUUCUAUUUUCCUUUUGGUUCCUAUGUAGCCAGGGGUCAUGCAGUGUGCAAAGAAAGUGGGGUCUGAUAGCCCAGGGCUAGUAGAUUUUGCUACUGGGCUAAUGAAUUCUGUUCUCAACUUGCCCGACGGGCAGGUAAAGUUUUUGGGGGAAUUCACUGUAAUCAAUCCUGCUCAUCAAAAAAAAAUUUUCGGGCUAUAUUAAGUGACUCUUGGGCUAGUAGAUUCUAGCUACGGCUAACUUUCUUUAAACCCUGGGUCAUGCUUUUAGUAGUUGGGGAAUUCUCUGCCCCCAGCCCUGUAUUGUAGUUCUUCCAUGCUAACCUAUUUUCAUUAUGUUAUUUGUGAUCGUAGUGUCAAAACUGUAGCAAGCCUUUCUCAAUCGCUCAGUUGGAAGACGAAGCAAACUUCAAGUACUGUGUAUUUUGUCGCCUAGAACAUCCUUCUGAAUACUCUCCUUCGCCAGUGGACUUUUGA